GUGUUUGAAUGGUAUCUGAACUCAGUUGAGAGCUGCGAUUCGAUUGAACAAUAUAAGCCUGGACGAUGUUGUCAAAAAGGUAUUGACAUGGAAGAAGACACACAUAAGAUUGAACCAAAUGGG